GCAAAACCCGGCGUGUUCCGUGACUGACUCCGGUGCUGACCGAGCCUAUUCCAAGGCCUCUCCCCUCCACCUCGCAACACCGCUGCUCACUUUGGAGCCACCGCUGUGGGAGAGACCUUAAGGGUAACGGGCAGCGAGUGCGAGAGCUGGGUAGAGAGGACUCCGAGAGCCGUGGUGCGAGGGAGGGAGCCCGCGGCCGAGCUCGGAGAGGAGAGAGCGGGACAGGUCCAGAGCCGGCGCGGAAAGGACUGAGGGGCGUUGAAUCCCACGAAGAAGCCGCGUGGAGCAGAGCAGGGAAUUGGAGCGCUCUGCGGGCGGAGCUCGCGCUGGGAGUGGUCAGAGAGGCGAGGCUUUAAAGGGAAGAGCCCUCUGGGAAUCGCCGAAUUCCCGGGCUGGGGUCAGAGCUGAAGAGCAAAAGAUUCUUGAAGACCAGAGAAAAUAAAGCCUGUGGCGAAGUCUUCCUUCAACUCCACUUGUCUCUCCCUACCUCGAACUCCCAUUUCCCUUCCCUCCCCAGGUCAAAAAGAAGUAACAUUUGCUCCUCCUACUCAAUAAAUACUAAUCUUACCUUUCCACCAGGAAAACAGGACUCUCUUCCUAGUUUUAGAGCUUAGAGAACUCAAGACCUUCCUUAAACUCGAUUGUUAGCCUGAGGAAAUCAAGGUUUCCCCUUUCAAAAUUCUGCAUCUCUUACCUGCGCGGGACGCUAUGUCUACCAACAACUGUACUUUCAAGGACCGAUGCGUGUCCAUCCUGUGUUGCAAAUUCUGUAAACAAGUUCUCAGCUCUAGGGGAAUGAAGGCUGUUCUGUUGGCUGACACUGACAUAGACCUUUACUCUACAGACAUUCCUCCUACCAACACAGUGGAUUUCAUUGGAAGAUGCUAUUUCACAGGAAUCUGCAAGUGUAAACUGAAGGACAUCGCAUGUUUAAAAUGUGGGAACAUUGUAGGCUACCAUGUGAUUGUUCCGUGUAGCUCCUGCCUUCUUUCCUGCAACAAUGGACACUUCUGGAUGUUUCACAGCCAGGCGGUUUAUGGUAUAAACAGACUAGACUCGACUGGUGUAAACUUCCUACUUUGGGGCAAUUUGCCAGAGACAGAAGAAUGCACAGAUGAAGAAAUGCUAGAGAUUUCAGCAGAAGAGUAUAUUCGAUGAGAGAAUUAUGAUGUACUAUAUGAAGGUUUUUAUAAUUUUUCUAUUUAAAGUAUUUAAUUGGUCAAUUUUUAACAUUGCUAGUAAAGAUUUGCUGAUGGUUUAAAAUA